CACUUCCCUCUCUUUCCAAGCAACAUCUCACUCCUCCCUCUUUCUUAUCCAUAUUUAUAACUCCCUCCUCCUUAUUUUCCGCCACCACCACUUCCCACUUUCCGCUCCACUUUUCUUUUCCCUUUUCUUCUUUUAAAGUCUUCCAUCUCUUCUUUUCUUCUCUCAGGUUCGGAUAGGAUGAUUCUUCAACACUCGAGCCGCUCGGUCUCCUCCAACCACAAUAAACCAGUCAUAAUCCGUGACGUCUGGUCCCAUAAUUUAGAAUCAGAAUUCCAGCUCAUCCGAGACCUCAUCGAUGACUUCCCUAUCAUUUCCAUGGACACUGAAUUCCCUGGCCUCGUUUUCAAAAACCCCCAUCACUCCCGCCGCCCCUCCGAUCACUACACACUCCUCAAAUCUAACGUCGACGCUUUGAAUCUCAUCCAGGUCGGCCUCACUCUCUCCGACUCCCGCGGCAAUCUCCCCGAUCUCGCCACCGCUACCCGUUUCAUCUGGGAAUUCAACUUCCGUGAUUUUGACGUCUCUCGCGACGCUCACGCCCCUGACUCUAUCGAACUGCUGAGGCGCCAAGGUAUUGACUUCCGCAGAAAUACACAGGAAGGCAUUCCUUCUGCCAGAUUCGCGGAGCUAAUGAUGUCCUCCGGACUCGUUUGCAAUGACUCUGUGAGUUGGGUCACGUUUCACAGCGCUUAUGAUUUCGGAUACUUGGUGAAGAUACUGACGCGGCGGUCGCUGCCUGGUGGAUUAGAGGAAUUCAUGAGGUUGGUGAAGGUGUUCUUCGGAGACAGAGUAUACGACGUUAAACACAUUAUGAGGUUCUGUCACAGCUUGUACGGCGGUUUGGACCGGGUAGCGAGGACGCUGGAGGUGGACCGGGCGGUUGGAAAAUGCCACCAGGCCGGGUCAGAUAGCUUGCUGACGUGGCAUGCAUUUCAGAAGAUGAGAGAUGUAUAUUUCCAUAAAGAGGGCCCGGAGAAGCACGCAGGGGUCUUGUAUGGAUUAGAAGAAGUUUAUUGUUUUUGACGUAAUCAAUUGGAUUAUUAAUUUGUUUAAACUAAUAAAUUACAAUUUGUUUAUUAAAUGAUUAAA